UCUUUGGUGUGUCGGCGUCCGCAGAGUAGGAGAACACGCGCGUAUCACACGUCCCGUGUUCCCGGUACCACGGCGAACAGCCCGCCAGUUUUUACUCGUGUGUUGCAUCGCGCGCCAAAAUUAAAUAUUAUAUUAUUAAAAUAAUAAUCGAGCGUUUAAUUAUAAACCGUAACCGCGUGCGCCGUGUGAUCAUCACCGUCGUCAUAUUUAUAAUUUUUUAUUAUUAUCAUAAAUAAUAUUGUUAAAACGCGUUUUCUCUCGAGGUGUCCGCGAUCGUAUUUCGAGCCCGGUGAAAUUUUUUUUAAUCGUUAUUCACCCUCGUCGGACGGCAGUACGCUCGCCCAUAUUUAUAAACGUGAAAAGUGUAAGCCCGACGUCUCGUCUAGUCCACGACGGUCGUUCUCCUCCGACACAAUUUGCAGAGGUUCAAAUGACAGACGCGUGUAUAUUAUGACCACGAGAAGGGCAUAGCAAAUCGAGAUGACUCCGCCGUCAUCACGUCCCUUAUCCACUCUACUGUUGACUGCAUUGUGCUGCAGCACAGUGUUUGGCUUCAAUGUGGACGUUAAAAAUUGCAUCAGACAUCGGGGGCCCGAAGGGUCUAUGUUCGGGUUCAGUGUAGCCCAACACAAAGAGCGCGGUCGGUCAUGGUUGCUGAUCGGAGCACCGGAGGCGCAGACGGCACAGCCGGGCGUCGAAAAGGGCGGCGCCGUGUUCAGAUGCGGCACGGCCAGGGAGGACGAUUGCGAGGAGAUACCGUUCGACACGAGAGGAAACAACAAUUCCUCCAAAUGGAUUCAAAUAGACAGUAAGUCACGUCAAUGGUUCGGCGCCACCGUGAGGAGCUCCGGAGACAAUGGAGUAAUUUUGGCCUGCGCUCCGAGGUACGUUUAUUUCACUAGCAAUGGUAACAAAAGAGAACCCGUGGGUACGUGUUACGCCACCUCAGACUUCAAUGAUUUCUCUGAGUACUCGCCCUGCCGAACGCGGAAUUGGGGUCACCAUAAACAGGGUACUUGCCAAGCUGGACUCGGGGCAUCUGUUUCGAAGGAUGGAAAACGAUUAUUCAUUGGUGCCGUCGGAAGUUGGUAUUGGCAAGGCCAAUUAUACUCAGUCAAUUCGUCAGCUCGAUUGCCGUUUUUACCGGCAAUACAAUAUAUCAUCGACGACAUCGACGAAGGCCAAUUUUACUCGCAAAACUUGCACAGUCGACCGGAUGUAUUUUCGACCAACGAGGGACCGCCAGCUGAUGACGAUUCGUAUCUCGGUUAUUCGGUCGCCGUCGGUGCUUUUGGAUUUGGUUCGGAAUCCGGCGCUGCAGUUGGAAUGCCCAGGGGUGGAGGACUUUUCGGAAAAGUUCUUUUAUACUCCACCAACCUGUUAAAUUUGUACAACAUCACUGGCGAUCAACUCGGUGCAUAUUUCGGUUAUUCGAUUUGCGUUUCAGACGUAGACGGCGAUGGUGGCGACGAUAUAAUAAUCGGUGCACCGCUGUACAGCGAGUUUUCCAAAAACGACGGAUCUUACGAGACUGGAAAAGUUUACGUGUACUUGAAAAAAGAGGGAUAUAAAUUUAGCGAACGGAACACAAGAAUGGGAUUCAACUCAAAAUCUCGUUUUGGACUGGCUUUGACUAGCCUAGGUGAUAUAAACAGAGACGGAUAUGGAGAUUUUGCUGUGGGUGCUCCGUACGACGGACCCAACGAAUUGGGCGCAGUAUACAUAUACCACGGGACUAAAACUGGCGUUCGGGAAAAAUACUCUCAAGUGAUCAAAUCGGAAGACGUAUCCGUUGGAGUAAGACCUAUAUCGACGUUUGGUUUUUCGUUGUCAGGCGGAACAGACUUAGACAACAAUCAGUAUCCAGAUCUGGUCGUCGGUGCUUACGAAUCAGACAUAGCUUAUUUCAUGAAAUCUAGACCCGUAGCUCAAAUGACCACGUCCGUAUAUUUCAAGUCUGAAAAUAAGCAAAUAGCGCUGGAACGUAGAGAGUGUACAACCAAAGACGGUACUCUGGUCCCGUGUUUAUUUUUGUCCACUUGUUUACAAUAUACGGGAAUUGGUGUCGAUGAUCAACUGAAUAUUGAAAUGCAACUGGUACUGGAUGCUAAAAAACCAAAAUCUCCAAGAAUGUUUUUCUUAUUAGAAGAAAACAGGAAUGUAUUGAACCAUAGUUUAACGUUGGAUAAGAAUGACCAAUCUUGUAAGACAUUCAACGUUUACUUGAAGAACAAUGUUAGAGACAAGUUGACGCCGUUAGAAGCAGAGUUAAGAUAUAGAAUUAUUGAAGAGAAUAGAAAAUUUACUAGAACUCUAACACCUGUAAUAGAUCUUGAUAAUGAACUAUUUGCCGUUUCUAGAGACUCUAUAAGUAUACAAAAGAAUUGUGGAGGAGAUAAUAUUUGCAUACCAAAUCUUCGGCUUAUUGCUACACCGGAUUCCGAGUCCUUCCUGCUAGGAUCUAAUAAAAAAUUAAAAGUUGACGUUAUCGUACAAAACGAAGGUGAAGAUUCUUUUGAGACCACUUUUGACAUGACUGUACCUCCUGGCAUUAACUAUGUAAAAAUAGAAAGAGUAGAUGAUAAUGAAAACGACAUACCUGUACAAUGUUCAGCUCCGUCAGAAAUGACAAACAACACUUUACAUUGUGACAUUGGGAAUCCAUUGCCCCGAGAUAAAUAUGUACAAUUUAAAGUUGUUUUGGAACCAUACCAAACUACUGAAACUAAGGCCAAAUACGAAUUCAACAUGGUGGUGAACAGUACAAAUCCUGAACGUUUUGAUUCCGUGUCAGAUAACACGAAAUACUUAGGAGUACCUCUUUGGGCGGAAACCGAUUUGAUCAUUGUAGGAUCGUCAAAACCCGUGGACGUACAUUAUAACAUUACGAUGGAAGACUCACUCAACAUUACCGAUGAAAAGCAGAUCGGCCCGCAGGUUAUUCACAUAUACGGGAUUCGAAAUAAGGGUCCUUCAGAUAUAUUAGAAGCCGAAGCUUACAUUGACUGGCCUAUGUUCACUUUGGCAGGAGAACCACUGUUAUACUUACUUGAAAUGCCCGAAACAAAUGGACAGGUAAAAUGUGAAGCUAUUGAAGAAAUCAAUCCACUAAGGUUAAAUAUCGAUCGUAAGAGGAAGUCGUAUUUUGAAUCAAGUGGUUUGUUUUCAAGCAGUUCAGGUCAAUCCGUAACUGUGAAGGGUGCAGAAGGCACUAGCUCAAGUUCUUCAAGUGCGGUCGUCAAGACGUUUGCGGAACUGACGGAAGAGGAAAAAAAACGUUUCAUGGAAAUCCAAAAGAAAGACGAAGAAGAAUCAAAAUCUCAAUGGGGCGACGGUUCGUACGAACAAAAAAUUCGAUAUCAAAACUCCAAAACGGAAUCAACCGGAACGGUGGUGACCGGCGGCGCGAGUCAUAGCCGCAACGAGGGUUCCGGCGCAACGGUCGUUACUGACAUCAACCGAGGGCCAAAAUUCACGGUCGGAUCGUCGGAGAGCGGCGGAGGCGUUGUCCACAGCGAAUAUUCGGGUUCAAAGUCAACGAGCGUGGUGACGGGCGGCCAACGCGCCAACGAAGCGUCCGGCACUUCGGUGGUAACCAACACGAACCGAGGGCCGACGUUCACCGUAGCGUCAUCUGAAAGCGGUGGCGGCGUAGUGCGCAACGAGUACGAGUCAAGAUCGUCGUCGGGCUCCACUUCAGUUUCCGCUAGCGGUGCGUCGAGCGCUCAGGGCAACCGUUGGUCCGAGGCUGGAGGAGUGGAGAGCAACUCCCACGGUUCUGGUUCAUCGUCCCGCGGUGUGUAUGGCGCAGCACACUUUGACGAGUCCGAAUCUUCGUCGGGCAGUUCGACUUUCCGAAUGGGUGCGUCGUCGUCCGGGGGUACCACGCGAUUCGAGACCGCGAUCACAGGUUCUCGUGAGGCAGGAUUGUCCGAAAACAAUGCUGGAUCGGAAUUCCAUGGUAAAUCACCCGUGACCGUCGUACAGAGUGGAUCGGAAGUACGCGGUGGUUCCGAAGUACGCGGUGGAUCGGAAGUACGCGGUGUAUCGGAAGUACGUGGUGGAUCGGAAGUACGCGGUGGAUGGUCGUCCGGCGGUCAAUCAUCGGUGACUUCACAAGGCGUUGAAUUCGGCGGAGUUAACGGUUGGGAAACGUCCAGGACGGCGGCCGAAUCGCGAGGUGAAAAAUGGUCGCGUGACAACGGGAUCAGCACACAAUGGAAUCAGGGUGGCGAUGGUUGGAACCAUGGUGUCAAGAACUUCACGAGUUUCCAGGAAUCGGAAAAGAGCCACGUGGCUAACACGACGUGGGGCGACGCUGCAGGUGGUGGCGUGCCGAAGACGUACGUGAUGGACCGAUGGCGAACCAAUAACGACGGAGUGGUACGUAACGGCAGCACGUCGCAUGUAGUAGAUGGUGGUGCGUUGGACUACCGGGACGCAGCGGUGCGCAGGAUAAACAUGGCUGCAGGAACAGGCGGCGUGACCAACGUCAUAGGUGGCACCACAGGAGAUGACAGCGACCUAUCAGUCAGCUUGACUGGCGCCGCUGCAGUCACGGAAAGGCAUAACCAGGGGUUCAGGCAGUCCAAAGUGGACGAAUCGGAAACGGUGCACAGGUGGCGGACGGUAGACGGAAAGCUGUACCGCGCUAACGCGGAGGGCAACUGGGACACGUUGCAUAUGACUUCCGACGGUGGUGGUUCGACGAACGUGUACGAGGCGCAGGACCUAAGCCCGCAAAACUACGUCAAGCCGGCCGACGUCGAUGGCAAGUUUAAGCUGUACACCCGUUUCCGGAGAGACACUCAGACCAAACGGUGCGGGCCCACGAGGUGCGUGACCGUCAAGUGUAAGAUCGGGCCGCUAUCAAAAGACCAAGAGGUGUGGCUGUCAUUCAGAUCCAGGGCUUGGGUCAGCACUUUGAAAAAGGUGGCGCUCAACAGACCGGUGACACUAAGCUCCACGUUAUCAGCAAAAGUCACCAAGCUCCAAUACAUUGGCAAGCCGGAAAGUAAACUCGCCCAGGUUAGGAGUUACGAGGUAUUCACGGAGGUCAUCCCCAGGGACCUGGCCGUCAAACCGGACAUCAUUCCUCUGUGGAUCGUCGUCUUGGCCGCCGUCGCUGGGACGGCUAUCCUGUUGCUGCUCGUGUAUCUGCUUUACAAGUGUGGAUUCUUCAAACGCAAUCGGCCUUCUAGUGCACCAGAAAAACAACCAUUGACACACAGAAAUGGACAGGCCGAGCUUUAUCAAACAGGAGACGAAGCUUUGUAAAAAUAUUCAACUUUGUUCUGCUAAAAAAAAUUUUUUUUAAUAAAUAUGAUUGGAACUUAAAUAAAUUGCCACAUUAAACCACCUAA